AUCAACAACGCGGCUCUAGGCUCCCUUAAACUUCUGGGUGACAAAAAAUACAAGGCCAUUAUGACCGUCCGAGAUCCCAGGGAUGUUGUGGUCAGUGGAUAUUUCUACCACAAAACAACACAAGAACCCUGGGUGCAUGAGCCACGCAGCGAGUAUGGAGGGAAAUCCUAUCAGCAGAUGCUGAACAACGUGAGCAAAUCCGCUGGGAUCAAUAUGGAAGUUGACAUGAUCACUGGAAGCACUUGGAGGAACGACACACAAG